UGGAAAUUUGCAUGUCCAUACUGAAGAAGCUCUUUUAUGGAAUCGUCAAAGGAAUCUAAAGAGUCUUCCAGCGAAGAUGCCAAUAAAGAUUCUUCUUCGGAAAUCUCUUCUAAAUCUAUAAAAGACGGCGAUUCCAAUUAUCCAAAGUGUCCCAAAAAACGAAAGUGUCACUUUGAUAAAGAAAAACCAUCUAAGUCGAAAAUCUGUAAAUUAAAAACAUGUCCAGCGUACAUCGAAAGACAUGAGGCACGAAAAUGUAAGUCAAAGAAGUGCCCAACUAAAGAAGAAUGCGAACAUUCACUCUCAACGCCUAAACUUUGUCCUCAUGAUUCCUGUCCUUCAGUUCAAAGACAUAAAAAAUCUAAACGUGAAAAAUGCCCAAUUAAGCCUAAGUGCCACUUUGACGAGAAUGAACCCUCUUCCUCUAAGCUGUGUGAUAAACCCUCUUGUCCAACAAAUAAAUAUAUAAAUGAUUUGAAGGACCCGAAUAAGAAUCUUAAUUUUGGAGGUAAAAGCAAUAAUGAACAGCCAUGCGAAAAAGACACUUGUCUCUAUAAACCCAAACGAGACACAUGUUACGAUGAAAUCUGUCCUAAUUCAACUAAAUUCAAUUCUGACUCCGAUAGUAAAAAUAAUAUCAAUCCACAGGAAUUGUGUCCAAAUAAAAAGUGUGAACCGAAAAGUUCAACUUGUCAGAUGCCUUCUUGUCCUACCAUGAAAUUUCAGGACCAAAUGUUCAUCAAGGAUAUGAUUAAAAGCAAAAUAAAAGAAAUCGAAUCAUCUCCUCAUGACUUAGAAACUCACUGCAAGCACGAUAAAUGUCAUUAUAACGAAACUCAGCCUUCAACCUCAAAAGUAUGCGAAAUGAAAACUUGUCCGACCAACAUCAUGAUUUCCAAAUUAAAAGAGAAUGACAGUAUAACAUGCCCUUUGGGUAAAAAAUGUGCAUCUUCCGAUAGAAUAACCUGUGCACUUCCAGAAUGUCCCACCAACAAAAGAUUCGAAAAAUAUCAAUCUGAAUUAAACAGAACUGAUUCUCCGCUGGAGGCUAAUAAGAAAAACAUGGCAUCAGCAUCAAAUAAAACAGAUUCCCCAUCGGAACUGGUAGGAAAAGACCCUCUUAACCCCAAGACCUCUACAACUGAUGAAAGCAGACACCACAAAGAUAAAAAACCAGGUGGAGUAGAAUCACCACAAGAAAGUUCACGGUGUAUAAAUAUAAAACCUUGGUUUUCGAAACCAGAAUUGAAAACCACAAGGUAUACUAAAACGAAAGCGAAAAAGUGCCAAGUAGGUUGUGUGCAGGACGAUUGUAAGUGUCAAGAAAUAGAGACGCUGGAAAGUUGCGUUACUGGCGAAGACUACGCGGGUCAUUUUAGGUAUGUAUUAGGCGCAUGUCCCGCCAAUACUAUUAUUGAAGCUGCUGAAGAAAUUGCUAAAUGGAUGGGCAAAGUUGACUGUUCAGACGCUGGUGGAAGAAAACAGUGUGUUUGUCCGAAAGAUGGGGGAAGUACAGAAUCUCCUCAACAGGAAAGGAGUAAAAAUGAAUUGGAACAAAGUGAAUCCAAAAGUAGCCGAGGUGAAAAAGGGAGAAUGAACAAAGGAGAAUCCAGAGAUGCUGCGCCCACAGAUAAACAAAGUAAAAAUGAUGUAGAAAAAAUGGACUCGAAGAUCAAACAAAGAAAAAAUAAAGUGGAUCUGGCUGGAAAAGAAUCCAAAGAAAAAAGACCCUUCUUCAAAAGUAGAAAGAGAGAGGUAGACGAAAAAGCAUCUAAAGGUUCUGUGGAGUGUAGUCACACAUCUAGUUGUAAAUCAAACUGUCCUCAUAUACUACGAAAAAAGAGUGAUGGUGUAUCAGCAGAAAGCAAAUCACCGGCAAAAAUUGAUGAUUCAAUAAGAGAAAAAAAUGAUGGAAUGUCUGUUGAAUUCAAAUUGUCGGAAGAAAUUGUAGAUACGUCACAUGACACAACAAAAGAAAAAAAUGAUGGUAUAUUAAAGGAAAACCAACCAUCGCUUAAAAUUGUAGAGUUGUCCGAUGAAAAUGAGGAAAAGUAUAAAAACAAUGAAAGUAAGAGAUAUAAGAAUUUACAUAGUCAAUAUCAAGAAUUGUUGAAGAAAAUAAAAACAAUUAAAGAAUGUCACUGUUGCAAUACGAUACAAUACGUUUUUGGUGACUUUCAAAGAAAGAACUGUGUCUGCGCCAGUGAAAUCGAAGAUGAAGAAGAACAUAUUAAUUCUAAUUUGAAUCCUCAACGAAAGCGAAAAAUUGGAGCAGAUAAAAGUACAGGUACAGUUGCUACAAUUGGCGUAUCAUGUAUGAUGGAACCACUUCGUAAGAAAUCGUCAGUGUCCUCCGUUAAUGUUAAUGAGGUAAGAAGACGAGAUCACCAUAAACCAGGAAGAAAAAUAAAAUAUUCAACAGAUAAAAGGGUAAAAACGGCCGUUUGUUGUAGUAAUUCUGAUUCAGAUGUUAGGCGAAGUAACAAUAACGAUUCCUCACACCACGAAAAUAAAGAAGUUCCAGAUAAUAUAAGCGAAAAAGAAACUGAAACACAGCUCAGCAAUUCUUUGGAAUCUGCCUCCAAUAAAGAGGAUGACAAGGCCCCACACCACUCUCAACACGGUAAAGAAGAUAAUAAUAGAAAAGAUGAAUCAGACAAUUCCUCUUUAAGUUCUGUUCCUAAGAACAAAGAGAAAAAAGUUCACAAAUGUCCACAGAAGAAAAAGACUUCAGCAAAUACAUCUGAGGCAACAUCUGUCUCUGUUUCACAACCUCCUUCUAAAAAUGAUAAGAAUAAUUUGAUUGUGGACAAUUAUGUUUAUGCAAUAAUUUACAGCAAAGAUAAAGGAACUAUGUCUCAUAAUAGAGUUUCUUCUGGUAGAAAUUGCGGAGAUAUAUCUAACCAAACAAGUUGCACCAAUUUUGACUAUUUAUCAUCAUUACCAAAUAGUGAACAUUUUAAAAAUUAUUCAGACACCAGUGAAAAAACACAAAUUAAUUCUUUAACAAGUGAUGGAGAAUAUAUGACAGAAUAUUCAGCACUUCCUAAUCAAAAUGUGAUAGUCCAUACACUACAAGAAGACAAAAAAGUCAAACUUGUGGAAUUAACUGACGUUUCCACUAGUCUUAGUAACAGUUGUUCUUGCAGUACUUCCUCAACAAUGGAACUUGCUGAAGAAUGUUCACAGGAUAACGAAAGUUACUGUUGUACAAAUUUACAUAAAAAUGAAAAAAGCACAAGCACAAAAUCUAAAACAGAAAAUGCAGCUGGAACAGACGAUGAAAAUAUUAAAAGUGGUCAAAUUUGUAAUGUAAAAGAAAAAAUAAAGCCAACAAGAAAAAAUCAACUAGAUAAAACAACAGAUACGAUUAAUUUACAAUUCAUUAAUGUAAGUACAAUAAUCAGCCCUUCAUUUAUACUUGUUCAAUCUAAAUAUGAUGAUAAUAAAACAGAUAGAACUGAUGUAACAAACAACACAAUAGCUUCACAAACUAGUGACAGUUUCCUUACUGGAAAAACUAACUAUGAUCUAGAAAACAGUAAAUCUCGUGCAGUAAGUACACAAACCUCUGACAGUUUAAUCGGAGUCUCCAAUAAGAUAAAUAAAAUCGAAACUGAAUAUCAAACAAUAGCUACACAAACUAGUGAUAUUUUGAGAGGGAUUCUAAAAAGUGAAGAAAUUAUUAAGAGAAGGAACGCACAUAAGAAUGAGAAUAUGAGAAGUGAUUCCAACAAAGAAAAAAUGCCAGUUAUUCAAGAACUAUCAGAGUCAGCAAAAACAGAAUCAGCAGAUAGUGAUGAUGAAAAGAAAAAUGAAGAUACUGAGACAAGAGGUGUUGAAAUAAAAGAUGUGCCCGAAAUUAUUUCACAGGAUAAUUUUACAGAAGAUAAUUCGUUUCUUAUGAAAAAUGAUAACUCUACCAUCACAGAAUUACGAGAAGAAGAUUUUGAAUCAGAUGAAAAAAAUAAAAAAUCUCCAAAGGAAGAACACGUUGCAGAUAUUACAAAUCAAGAAGAUGAUGGAAAUGAAAAUAAAGGUUCAGAAAAGAUUGAUAAUAAAGUAAUUGAAAACCAAGAAUCUGAUAUAUCACUAGCACCAUCGAAAAUUUUUAGUUGGCAUCAAUCCAUUAAUAAUGCCCUAAAAGAAAGAAGACGCAAACAUAAAAAGAAUAGUAAAAAAGUUAUUCCUGGAGGCUCCGAGACCACGAAACCUCAUCGGCAUAAAACAAAGCAGAGGUCAAAAAUGACUAGUGGACCAGAAAGUAUGACUUCGUUACUUGAUGAAUUUGCAUCUUCGGCUUCAUUCAAAUCGGAUGUUACUCCGAUGGAUUGGAAUUUUUUCAAUCCGGUCCAGAAAAAGGAUGACAAAACUCAAACUUACUUGUUUGAUCUACCCCCUCUGUCAUAUUUGAAUUGCAGCAGUUUGGAACCUUCGACCAUUAAAGACAUUGAAUCUUUGAAAACUGAUGGAAGAAAGUCUAAACUACCAAAAGUUAUUAAAAAAGUUUCGAGAGUUGAAAGUAGCAGCGAAGAGUUUAUUGACAUGAUGAACAUUGAAUGUGUUAGUUCUAUUAAAUGUACAACGAAGAUUUUUUACGAAAAUAAUGUGAAGUGGGAAGGCGAAUCAGAAAACUGUUCAGAUAGAAGCCGACAUGUGUACGUUGAAGAUAUAAAAUCAACUCUUAAAAAUACGGUUCAUAAGUUUAAAGUCCUUUACAAAAGUUUAAAAUUGGUUAUGCAAGACCCCCAUUUAACUUAUGACAAAGCUUGCGAAAUUUCCAUGUGUCCAAAUCCUCAAGUAAAAACUUGACCAUGUUA